AAAGCACCGACUCACUCGGAGUCGGCCACUCUCACCGGCCGCGGCGCCCGCAACCGACCUCCCCUCCAGGCGACCGCAUGGCGGAGCGGGAGCGGAAGCGGAAGCGAGCGGCGGAGGAGUGGGAGAGGCGGAAGAGGGGCAGGAAGAGGGAGAAGGAGAGGCAGGUGGGGUGGACGAGCGACCCCGUUGAGGCGCUUGGGGAAGAUGUGAUGGGGCGGGUGAUGGAGUUCCUGGACGCGCGCAGCGUGGCACGAUGCACCGCAGUCUCCUGCGCUUGGCGCGGGGUAGCGGCAGACAACCGCCUCUGGGCACCUAUGUGUACUGAAUUGAUGGCGGGAAAGGCUCAUAUCCCACGUUUAACAUCGAUCCGCACUGGAUCCAAGUUGUCUACAUAUUCAAUGGUCAUUAUGGAUGGGAAACGGAGUCGGAUCACAAAAGAGGAUCUCUGCGAUCAUGCGUGGGAAUAUCGUUUCACCAUAGCAGCACCUGAUUACUGGAGGAACCUUGAUCCAUCAUGGAAGCACACUGGUCCACCUAUGCGACGCUACUUCCACCCCGAUGGCUACCACAGUGCAGACCCUCAUGACGCCGUGUGGGGUGGCCAUGAGUGCACCUACACGGUCAUAACGAGCUUUGUCGACGAUGGCCAGAUCAGGGAGCACUACGUGAGGAUCAACCGGUGGCCGCCAAUGAAGGUGUCAAGGAAGGACGACUGGAGCUGGGAGCUAUCGAACCACAUGUACCGCUAUAACAGCAUACCUGAUUCCCACAGGAAAGGAUGCACUGGUCCUCUGUUCCCAGUUUGGUGAAUGCAAGUCUACGGUAGUAAUCAGCGGCUACGGUUCAUGCUGCCGCAGUCUUAUCUGCUAGUAGAAAUCAAGCUUGCCAUACGUUCGUAACUGAGGACAACUGAAAAAUGGAAUGUGGCAUCAGGAGGUUGUAUUUGGUACGGCUGCCGAGGGUCAAGGCUAGGUGUGUAUGCAAUAUACAUAAACAAGGUAUAUAUAUGUAUUAUAUGUUUUGUA